AACCGUUAUAAAUACCCUCCUCCCCCAUUCAUUUAAUUCACAUAACCCACCAUCUUCAUCUUCAUCCAAAACUCACUCAAAACCACCAUGGAAUCCGCCAUGAAAUCCGACAAACAACCACCACGAGCACCGCUGCAGUUGCAGCACCAUGAACUACCUCAAAGACCCAUAUGGCAAAUCAUAAUGGUGGCCGCAAUUGCGGCCGGAGUCCAGUUCGGUUGGGCUCUUCAACUCUCACUACUCACCCCAUAUGUUCAACUUAUCGGAGUCCCCCAUACUUGGUCCUCCUUCAUCUGGCUUUGCGGCCCGAUCUCGGGCUUGAUCGUGCAGCCCGUGGUCGGGUACUACAGCGACCGAUGUACUUCCCGCUUCGGUCGCCGUCGUCCGUUUAUCGCCGGGGGAGCGAUGUUAGUCGCCAUCGCAGUAUUCCUUAUCGGAUACGCGGCCGACAUUGGCGUCUCCACCGGCGACAAAAUUGGCGCGCCGAGUAAACCGCGCGCCAUCGCCAUCUUCGUCAUAGGAUUCUGGAUCCUCGACGUGGCAAACAACACCCUACAGGGUCCCUGUAGGGCGUUGCUUGCUGACUUAGCCGGUUCGAAUUCUAGUAAAAUUCGAACCGGGAACGCGAUGUUCGCGUUCUUCAUGGGUGUGGGAAACGUGUUGGGAUACUCAGCAGGGUCCUACACCCACUUAUACAGGAUCGUCCCGUUUACCAAAACGGACGCCUGUGAUGUCUACUGCGCCAACUUGAAAACAUGUUUUUUUAUCUCCAUCGCGCUGCUAGUCAGCAUCACGGUACUGGCUCUUUCGACUGUGUCAGAAGAUCCAUUUGUACCAGAACCGGUUGACGACAGUAAGUCAACCGGCAAACAACUCGUGUUUUUCGGCGAGAUGUUCGGCGCUUUAAAAGAACUAUCAAGACCCAUGUGGAUAUUGUUGUUGGUCACAUGCUUAAACUGGAUUGCAUGGUUUCCUUUCCUAUUAUACGACACUGAUUGGAUGGGUAAGGAAGUGUACGGUGGAAAAGUGGGUGAACAGUUGUACAACCGCGGUGUUCGCGCUGGCGCACUCGGGUUGAUGCUUAACUCGGUUGUUUCGGGUCUCGCUUCGCUUUGUAUCGAGCAUUUGGCGCGGUGGAUUGGUGGCGUAAAGCGGUUGUGGGGUGGUGUAAACUUUUUGUUGGCGGUGUGUUUGGCGAUGACGGUUUUAGUGACGAAAAUGGCGGAGUCGGAAAGGGUUUUCGUGACGGGGGCUGACGGUACCGUCACUCCCCGUUCACCAAGCUCCGGUGUUGUAGGUGGAGCUUUGACUAUUUUUGCUGUUCUUGGUGCCCCACUUGCGGUGACUUUUAGUGUUCCUUGUGCUCUAGCAUCGAUAUUUUGCAAUAACUCUGGAGCUGGGCAAGGUCUAUCACUCGGUGUUUUGAAUCUUGCAAUUGUCAUACCUCAGAUGGUGGUAUCUGUACUAAGUGGACCAUGGGACGCACUAUUCGGUGGUGGCAACCUACCCGCGUUUGUGGUGGGAGCCGUUGCGGCUGCAGCAAGUGGAAUCUUUGCACUCACCAUGCUUCCUUCACCACCUCCAGACGUCGUACUUUCCAAGGUUUCUGGUGGCGGUAUGCAUUAGAGUAACUAACUAAGUCUAACUCGAAAGGUUCCAGUCUAGUCAAGUCGAGUCGAGUCAGAUUGGGACAUGAUUUAGGAUGGAAAAAAAAAAGUUGUAUUUUUAUUUGGAUGUUGGAUUUUGUGCAUAUAUGCAAAGCAUGAUGCAGAAAUCAUUAGUGAUUCAUGCAUAUGUGAUGUUUGUGUUUAAGAGAAUGUUAUGCCAUUCCUCCAUUAUUUGUGUGAGACACCACUUCAUGCUUGAUGGGAUUGAGUCUUUGUUUUAUUCAUGUAUACAACAAGUUGCUUCAAGAAUAAAACUCAAGAGUGUUUUUCUUGGCAUUAAUAUAA